GUUUAGUCUCAUUGACAAGCCCGGCGGGAUUUAAACUGCUUCCCACAGAGCCAUGCAUGACACAUUCCAUCCCGACGUUGGCUAUUAUAAUGGAAGACUCAGUAGUGUUGGCGGACCUGGUUUAUAUGGUUCAGUCCCAGUCACUCGUGGACAGAUAACUGGAUAUCUUGUGACGCCGGAUAGUCAGAAUAUCACCCUGGAUGGUCUUAGCGUUUUGAAGCACACAUUUUCCGAACAAGCUUUACCGGCAUACGUCAAGAAGUACAGCUCUGCAAUCGUAUGGGGAUACAGCACCGCGUUUUAUGACGCUCAUGUCUUCUAUCACAUAGAGGAACUAAAUGGAACAGUUCAUGAAGCUGCAUAUCUCGCGAGGGCUAUUGCUGGUUUGGUCGUGAAGAGCGACUUCGAAAGCACGUGGGACACGUACGCUGUGACUGAUGAUACGAACCUCUACCAGCUUGUCAUCGACCCAACCAAACAGACAAUUGACGCCUCCCUGCCCGGGUGUGCGUCGACGAACAAUAUCUCUUACACGUUCAACAUGACAACGGGUGGCGUCAUCGGGCAGUUUACGGACCUCGGAGGCGGUAGGACAACAUACUACGCGUUAAACGGGACGACGCUUGCACCAUUUAAUGGAAGUAUCGCUAACGGGACAGUCGCUGGUGCGUAUGUGGUGUAUGACGCACCGACGAGUUGAGGGGCGGCGCGAUAUUGUAACUGCGACGCAUCUCAGUCUGAUCUAGUAGCUGAUUGAGGAGUAGCACGGUAGGGGGGUCGUUAUUUGACUUGGAACCUUGGUGUUACCGUGGGUCUUAGGGUCGUACCACAUAGACAUAUCGCUGAAGACCUAUGUACCUGAGUAUUAAUUAGUACUCGGUACCUGCCCUGUUUCUAUACAUUGUUUCUGCAACAUUGUGACGAUGGAGCCAUGAAUCACAGAAGUACAGAUCGGACCGAGCUCGGCACAAGUGCGCUCAAAAAGCGAACAGCACAGACUUCCAUGGUCU